AUGUUUAUUGUAAGCAUUACACCUCCACCAGUGCGCGUACUCACGUAUGGAACGUUAAUCAAAAUAGCUAUCAUUGGAAAGCCGCAUAGGACAAGCAGAGGAGAAUUGACUUUGCUGGCCAACGAGCUGCCUACCCUUCUGUCACCUUGUCUUCAUGACGUACCUGUCGAUACAAAGGAGCAUGAAGUAUCUCCUUAUGAACGCCACGUCCAGUUUCUUGCCGAUCAGGGUGUAGUCGAUUCCCUGAAAGCACGGUCAUCUAUCAUCCAGCACAUCCGGAAUUUUUUCCUUGAAAGAAAUUUCACCGAAGUUAGCACUCCGAUUAUUGCUUCUGCCGCAGGUGGUGCGACAGCGAGACCCUUUCAUACCACUGCCUCUGAGUCGCCGGAUCGGUUACUAGCUCUAAGAAUUGCCCCUGAAUUAUGGCUGAAGCGCUUAAUCGUGGGCGGAUUCGACAGAAUAUUUGAGAUUGGACCUUCUUUCCGGAAUGAAGGACUUGAUAAAACUCAUAACCCCGAAUUCACUACAUGCGAAUUCUACCAGGCAUUUGCCGAUUUGGAGCGCCUCAUGCAGAUGACUCGGAGUAUUUUAGCAGGGAUUUCUCAUGAUAUCAAACAAUUGAACGAGAAACUCGGCACAUUGAACCCCACGAAUGCGGAUUUCAACUCUCCAUUUCAACAACUAGACUUCAUACCAGCUCUAGAAAGCGCCAUUGGACGUCCGCUUCCUGAUCUAAAAUCCGACGACGCCACUGCUAAUGUGGUGAAUUUGUUCAAUACCUUGGCUCUCCCUCUUCCUGAUCACAUAUCACUCCCUCGUCUACUGGAUAAACUUUGCUCCGCAUAUCUCGAACCUCGGUGUGAGAACCCUACGUUCAUAAUAAACCACCCGGAAUGUAUGUCACCCCUUGCUAAGUCCCAUAUCCAUCCAACAUGCAACCAAGUCGUAUCCGCGCGCGCAGAACUAUUUGUGGAAGGAAAAGAACUUGUGAACAUGUAUGAAGAAGAGAAUUCUCCGUUCGAGCAGCGACGAAAGUUUGAGGAGCAACUUUCUUAUAGGGACCCGGAAAACCCGGGGGAACUCGAUGAGGGCUACUUGCAAGCUCUGGAGUGGGGACUGCCGCCUACUGGAGGAUGGGGCUGCGGCAUUGACCGGCUGCGCUCCGCGGAUUGGCGAUGUGUUGAGCUUUGGGAACUUGAGAAGCGUGACGAGGCCUCAUACGUUGCAGCAUCCUCGAGGAAGUACUCCCCGAUUACCCAAGCGCUGAAGCAGCAAUACUACAAUUACACCUCAGGCCGCUGGCUAUGGGACGAGGCAAACCAGUUUCGAAAACGAUAUCAACCUUUCGACAUCCAGAAGCUGAAAGGAAAGGCAGCAGAAUGCGUCAACGCCGCUUCGUGCACCCGCAUGAUCAAGCUUACAGAGGGCGCUUACAAUAAAGCUUUUCUGUUGACGAUUGACAAUGGUGUCCAGGUUGUUGCGCGCAUUCCUAAUCCUUUCAUACAUCCCCGAGUUGCAACGGCGAGUGAGGUUGCAACGUUGGACUUCCUGCGGAAUGAGCUUGAUAUUCCUGUCCCCCGUGUGCUGGCCUGGAGUAGCGACAAGAACCAGGACGUUGAGGCGGAGUAUAUUAUUAUGGAAAAGGCGCCUGGCACAGAGCUUGCGAAGUGUUGGCCGUCGAUGGAUAUUGCAGAUAAAUUCCGCAUUGCGACCCAAUUGGCGGAACUACAGAAGAGGUUUUCUUCAGUUGAUUUCGGACACUACGGGAGCUUGUAUUAUCGUGGUGAAAGUCAACGACAUGACAUUCCUGGAUUCUCAAACAAAUUUUGUAUCGGUCCUGCUGCUGCGCCGCAAUUCUGGGAUGCAGAACGGAAACAAACGGGUGAAUAUAAGGGACCUUCUUAUCGCCUAUCACGUUUAGGGUCAUCUCCGGUUUCGUUUAUGAAAGAUAUUGCACGCCGCGAAAUGAGUUGGUUGAGUCAGUUUGCCAGGCCUCGACAAAUGUCCGACCCGCUCCGGCAAUCAGCAACUCAAGAGUCUCCAGAAUGUCAUCUUCAACUUCUGCAGAAAUACCUCAAAAUCAUCCCGCAGGUAAUACCACUGGACAACAACCUGCGUCGAGCCACAAUAUGGCACCCUGAUUUGCAUUCUGGGAACAUCUUCAUUGAAAAUAACACGAUCGUCUGUAUCAUAGACUGGCAAGGCUGCAUGAGCCUCCCUCUUUUUCUGACCUGCAAAAUUCCCAAGUUUCUCCGAUUCAAUGGACCAUUACUUAUCAACAUUCCACCCACUGCGGGUCUCUCAACGCAAGAGAAGGCGGAUAUAUUGCUGAGAUACCAACUCACACAACUGCAAAGGUUUUAUAUCGCACGGUUCGAUGAUCUGGACAGAUCAGUGUUUCGGGUUCUGGCCGAUCCUUAUGCCACGACUCGUCAGCAACUCGUUGAAUUUGCGGGUUCAACAUGGGAAGACGACGGGCUGCUCUUUCUUCGGGAGAGGAUGCGCCAAGUGUGGCAUGCUUGGGCUGAUUUCACAAACAAGCCUGGAGAGGAAUGCCCAAUAACUUUCAGUGCCGAUGAACUGGCAACCCAUAAUGCUGAAAUGAAAGCAUGGGAUGGAUUUAACCAAUUUUUCGACUUCCUUGGCAUUCCAAUGGAUGGCUGGGUGCAUCCAGAGGACUUCAAAUUGAAAGCAGAGACGAUGCAAGAUAUUGCAGGAAAGAUGGUGAGCACUGCUGACGAUCAAGAGGAAGCGCGAUGCGCAAUUCGGGCGUGGAAUCUGUCAGAUCCAGAGGCAACGCAUCCUCUAGCCUAG